UUCGUUGGCGGGUCCGAAUUUCCUGAUCUCAGCCGACGCGAAAGAGCAGACUCGCUGGCAUUGGUGAAUCCGAUUUUCGUCACCAGUCGUCGAGGAGGACCUGAUGCAAAGACUAGUACAGACCGUGUCUGCUCGUUAAGAAGUCAACAUGAUGAUAGUACCACCGCAAAUACGGCGAUGACCGCACGCAGUGAUAGCAGCAGCACCUCGGCAGGUGGCGCUUCCAUGAAGUCUUCUGACUCAUCAUCAAGCAUUUUUAGCAGCACGAUAGAGGAAAAUGGUGACGGAGCAGCCAGAAACGUAGCCCCGACCAGUCAUGCCAGCAGGUCGCAAACGUUAGGCGAGCAGCACUUUGUCAAUUGUAGUUCUACGAUAGGGAGCAGAGCUUGUGCAGGAUUUUCUUCCG